UCAAACCCCCAAAUAAUUAAUAAAGAGUACUAGAAGAGUUUUCAAAAGAAAUUUAAGACAAAAAGGGAAAGGAAAGAGAAAAGCAUGGAAGAGUUGCAUGAGUGGGAGGUGAUGUGGCCGGACAGCGAUGAUCGCCAUCCGCCGAGCGCAUCGGACGGCCGCGCAUCGUCCGAAAUGAAGGCCCGUGUGCGGGGAUGUUCGACCACCGCGGCGAUGGAUAUCCCGAAUAGGGUGAGGAUGUUGCAGGGACGGGAUGUCCGGCGUGAGGAGAAUAAUGAUAAUGACAAUGAUGACAAUAAUGAUGCAGAUGACACGGAGUUCACUCCGCCGCACAUUUUGACGUCCCGCAGAAGCGGAGGCGGCACGAGGAAGGUCGCAUUCUCGCUGUGUUCGGGGCAGGGGAGGACGCUCAAGGGCCGCGAUUUGAGCUACGUUCGCAAUUCGGUGCUCCGAAUGACCGGAUUCCUGGAGGCAUAACGUUUGCCGGAGAUUUUAUUUUUUAUUUUUUUUGGGGGAGGGAAAAGAGUGUUGUAAUUGGUAAAUGCUAGUGGAGUUUAAUUGAUAUGAAUUAACGAAGAAGUUGAUAGUACGAUGAUGUGAUGUUAUUAACAAAACUGAUUUUAAUUUUAGUGAAUAAAUUUAGUAAAUUUGGUC